UCACCCAUGAAACAAUUCUCAGAAGGAAACUCUCCAAGGAUGUCAAUCUGUCAAGCUUGUGGCAGGGAACGCCAGUGUGCAUACAGUGAGAGGAAGGAGUGGCCAGAGUUGCUUGGAGUUGAUGCAUUGGAAGCCAAAGCAACCAUUGAGAGGACAAAUAAAUGGGUGGAGGUGAUCUUGAUGCCUUGUUACUCAUUGGAUGCUUCUGCAACCAUGAACUGCUGUUGCAACAGGGUGUUCCUCUUUGUCACUGAUCUUAAGAAUGGCAAGGUGUGCAAGGUCCCUGUUGUAGGCUGACAUUGGUUCUUGUUCUGUUGUUAAUUUGUAUGUAGGUCAUGCUCCUUCCUUCUAGUCUUCAGUACUGUCUUUCUCUGUCGAUCAUGAUGAUAAUAAAGUUUUGCAUUUUGUUUUA